AUGGCAUAUUCCCAGUCUGGGUACUCCAACUUCCAGUCCCGGAUCGAGGGCUACGGCAACACAGCCUAUGAUGGGCAAGAUGAGUCCCUUCAAAGUCGUGCUUCUGCGGCUGGUUCCAAAUUGGCUUCCGAGGUCGGGGCUACAGUCUCUGCAUUCCAGGAUGGCAGUAUGUAUAGCACUAUCAGGGAGCAGGCUGGAGAGGCUGCAAGUGUGAUAUCUCAAGCCGCCUGGGGAGUGGCCGAGUGGUUCCGUCCUUCUACGACGUCCAACGGUUACUCUACUCCUGGCAAUGCUUAUGUCAAUAACAACGUCCCUUCGUACAGUACUCCCACCGCACCACCGCAAUCAGCAUACCCUGGCUAUGGCAACAGCUCUGGCUACAGUGCUCAACCUUCUAGGAAGCCUUGGGGAAAUAACGCUACCCCAUCGGUCACUCCCGCACGGUCGAGCGGUCCGCCUGUCCCGGUCCAACCGGUAGCCGAGGCCAGCUCGACGGCCCGUGGGGUCUCUGGGGCUUUGCCCAAAGGAAAAUACGAAGCCCAGUUGGUGAAGCAGGUCACUGCUCCUGGGGGCACUCGGGUGAAACCAUCCGAAGCUGUUUUGCGUGAGUUCUACCACAAAGUAAGGAAUUUGGACUUGGCAGUUGUGGGCAAAGAGCUUGCCAAAACCAUGAACGCAACGGGAGCAACGUGGCAGCACCGAUUGAGAGUCCUCUAUGUCGUAGACGGGCUUUGGGCGCAAGGCUUGGAGGAGCCUGUGGAGGCAGUUAAGGAAGAGUGUGCCAUUACGGCGUUGGCCGAGUUGGCUGUGGAUCCCCAUACAAGGGCUAAGGCCGUACCGAUCCUCAAGGAGUGGGGUAUGGACGUGGACGGGCUUGCAACGUCUGCUGGAGUCAAGUCAAGAGGCGAUGUGACAGCGUCUGCCACCGGGGAUCUUCUGGACUUGGGCGAGUCCGGCAAACCGUCAUGGCCAGUCGGGAAUGGACUGCCUCCGAGCACCGUUUCGCCCACUGCAGUUGAAGCACCUCUGAUCGGCUCGACUCCAGCCCAGUCAGUGAUUAGUACCGCGCCCAGCAGUCGUCAAGCCAGCCCAGCUAACAGUCGAGGGAAGGCUUCGGCCUUCAGUUUCGUCAAUAAAGCACCUCCCAGUGCGGCCAAGGUUGCAUCAAACACCAGUGACGAGCCCGCCUCUACUACUGCGAAUCUCCUCGAUUUGUGA